UCUGCGGUAUAGUGCGCUGCCAAUGAAAAAUAAUACUUGUGACAGCUGGCAUUGGGUUGGGUUACAAAUUGUAGCCUUCGGUGGAAAACAGGUGUCGCAUGAUGAGUGGAUAGAUGGAUCCACGUGUGCGUCAGUUUCCACCUAACUUUGUCUCCUCUCUGCGAUAAGGUCAAUGCCACUUUCAUUCCAUAACCCUUAAUUUUCAGAGCACAAACAUAGCAAAUGGUAGCUAAAUUUGUAAAUUGACGACGACGAGUGUUAAAGAGAGAUGAAGGAAGCGAUUAGCGUGGCGUGUUGUUAAUUUUACCCUCUGGAUCUUGUUUGACAGCACCCCCAUCAUCUUUGUUCAUGUUUAUGGUUUAGGGUAUUAUAUAUCCAAUCUCAAUCUCGUAUGUAACAUGUACUGGAAGUGCUGUCAAGCAUGAUCCGUAAGGUGCUGUGUUCAGCAACAUACAGAUGGAUCAAGCAACUACACCACUUGCUAUAUAUGCCCAUCAUCAUCUUCUUCUUAACCUUAUCUAUUUAUUUAUUUAUUUAUUAUUAUUAUUAUUUUUCCCGAAGAGUGUUGAAUAUGGGUUUCUGUUUGUUUUUUGCUUUUUGUUCAUAGUUUUUAUUUAUUUAUUUAUUUUUUAGUUCUUCUUACAAGAGACUAUAUUAAUAUUGGUCACACUCCUAGCAUUUUAACAAAGGUUCCAACUUUUCCUGAUGUGGUUUUCUUAAUUUUGAUGGUCUGCUUUGAUUUCACGCCCAACAACCAUCACUUAAAUUCACAUUCAUUUUCUUUUGUUAUUGCAAAAUGUUACUCGGCUUUGGCUUCGCAAGUUAGACUACCUCAAAUGUUGACCAGCCUACUUUGGGCAAAGAUUUACCGUAUAUAUAUAUAUAUAUAUAUAUAUAUUCUGGGUUAGGAUUUUUUAUUUUUAUUUUUUUUUAAACCAAAUUAGUCUGGUGCUUAUCAUUAUUGACAAAAUAUGUUGCACAUGUCUAUCUAUCGUUAAUGAUAUAAUUUGCCACAUUUGCUAAAGCCUUCGUUGUAUCUGAUUAAAUGCCUUUGAUCCUCUAGUCUUGGGAACUUGUCUAUAUGGUGUAUUUUGUGUGUUCAUUAUCUUUCUCUCUUCAGAUGCUCCAUUGGCCAUUACUUAUGUUUUCGUUUUUUUAUUUUUGUUUUUUUAUUUUUUAUUUUUUUAUUUUUUUUGGGGGGUAAAGCCAUUACUUGUGCUUAUACUAAGCAAAUCGGAAUAGUCGGCAUAUUUCACGUGUAACCUCUUAAUGUUCUUUUUGUCCACUCGGGUGCAACGCAACAAAUCAAAGACAAAUAGAAUGGCCAACGGUCAAGAUUGAUUUGGAAAGGACACGUGUCAUUAUUUUAUAUGGAUAAGAUUGGGACGGCAAUUGGAAAUGACGGUGGUAGUCGUACCAACUACCUAGUUUUGAUUUUCUCAAUCUUAAGGUGGUGGGACCCAUAUGAAUCCACGGUGAUUUAUCCUUUGGUCACUUUGGGAGGGACGUUCUGGAGGAUUCUUUUAAAGCAUAUAUAAAGCAGUUAUUUUCGUUAGUUCUGUACAAAAAGAAGAGGGUACUGUCUCUGUCUUGUCUUCCUCGCUUUCGCUCUUGUUCUCUUUCUCACUCUUUCGCUCUCGGCGGCGGUGGCAGCGAGCUCGUCAUUUCAGUGUAGAGCACCUGGCGAUCCAACCAAAUUGAUUACCGGAGUUCAACCCCACCAACCGACCGACCAAGGAGAAAGAGGCAAUUCCCCAAGGACUCAAAUUUUCUUCGUUUGCCCUCUUCAAUCUCUUUCAAGCCAAGCAAGGAAACAAAAGUUAAAGGUGGGAGUGGUGUUGAAGAAGCUCCAGAUUCGGAGGGUGCUGUCCAAGAAGAUCGAGAAUCUGCAUCGGAAGAACUCCCGGAGCUGGAGGAAGCAACUGAAGCCGAUCAAGCAGCGAAGUUUUACACGGAAGCGCAAGUGUACUAGCUCUCGUUACGGUGAUCUUUUGCUUGUUUUGGAUCGAUCCUCAACAUAAUCCGGAGCUUUGCCUCGAACAACGUACCUGGGAAAGCAACAAAAGCCUAGAAAUGACGUUUACGCUUGGAGGACUGCUUGAUUUGCUUUUUGGUUUCUCUCUCUUUCAAGUUUUACUUUCUGAAUGUUGGAACUGUGGAAUGAUCUGGAGGGUGCUAUCAAACAAGAUCCAGAUGGAGGAACUGGAGUGCGGGGAUCACAUCUACACGUGGAGGCGUGCUUAUAGCUAUGCGCAUCAUGGGAUAUAUGUUGGAAAUAGAAUGGUGAUUCACUACACUAGAGGAGGAGGCUUAGAUCGUAUUAUAUUCAGCUCGUCUCCAUCCCAUCAUUCAAACGGUACCAACCCCUUAAGCAGUGAUCAAUCAAGACUUGAUCGUGUGAUCUGUUCCUCCAUAGAUGAUUUUCUUUCUGGUGGUGAACUCUAUCGCUUUGAAUAUGGUGUUAAUCUAGCUCUCUUUAUCGCCAAAACACGAGGGGGUACUUGUACGCUUGCCUGUAGUGAUCCACCUGAUGAUGUCCUUGACCGUGCAAAUAGCCUCCUCAAGAAUGGCUUUGGUAAAUACCAUCUAUUUGGAAACAACUGUGAAGACUUUGCGAUAUAUUGCAAAACAGGCAUCCACUUGGUAGAUAACAAUUUUAGCAUUGGUAGGAGUGGGCAGGCUGCGUCCUUCUUGGUUGCCAUUAGCGCUUUCAUUUCGUCUGCAAUCGCACUAUUGGUGGAUAACAUGUAUAGUGUGGGCAGGACUAGGCAGGCAGCAUCCUUAUUGGUAGCCAUUAGUGCUUUCCUUUCUUCCACAAUUAGAUGCCCGACUGUGAGAAUUACCAGUCAGCAUUUCAUUGGCAGAAGGGGGCAGACACCGUCCUUCUUGGUUUAUAUUAAUGCUUUUGUUUCUUCUACAAUUCGAUCACCAACUGUUAUAAUUACUGGUCAGCAUUUCGUUGUGGGUUAUAGCAUUUACUCUGCCUGUAGAUGGGCUUCUGAUAUUGGAAUUCGUCGUAAUGUUAGUAAAGCUGCAAAUAGCAGAUUGGCCGAGGAAGAGAGUUCUGGUUAUGGAGUAAGUAUUAAGUUUAACACGGCAUUUCUGAAAGGUUUUGCUUGGGAUAUUUUGGUAUUUGAAGCUUGGUGGAUUUGUUGUUAUGAGCUGGAGUUGACGACAGAGAUUACAAGUUUUCAACUGGGAUGGAUUAUACUGACUUCUACAAUAUGGCGGGUGCUCUUCGUUCCAGUUGAUCCAGCAGAAAAAGAAAACAAAAAUGGGUAUUACAAUUUUGAUUUGUCUGUAGACUUGAGAAUUCGUUUUAUCUCCGUGAAGACCGUGUGGCUUGGGCUUCUCGAUACGUUGCCAAACAGGGCUGCUUGCUGGUGUUUGAUAACAUUGGUAUCACUCCUUUUUUGGUUGUUGCUCUAUUGUUCUGAGAUGUACUGAUUCCGGUUGGACUAUUUAAGAUGUUGUUGUUGUAGUGAUGUGUUACUUUUCUGGAUGUUGUUGUAUUGUUAUGUAUCGAUUCGGAUUUGACUAUCCAACGUUGUUUUUGUUUUUUUGGUGUUUGAUAAUUAAGACUAUCUUUUAUUGAUAUAUUGAUCUAAUAAAUUUUUAUUAUCUUUAUUUAA